CCGAAGGAAACCAUGCCUACAAACGGCGAUUGAUCAUCAACUUUCCCGGCGCUUCAUCACCCAUGCAAACCCUCAUAAGAACCGCUAUCAAGCAUAAAUUAAGCAUACGAAUCCCAAGCCUAUUGUUCCACAGGGAAGAUAAGUUCAUAGAAACCGCGACAACAUCUCACGAGAGAAUGCCCUUGCUGAGGUCAGACAUGAAACCCGAGCAGGUCGAGGAUUGUGUCGAGCAGCAAGCGUCGUUGCAGAGGGACCACCGGGACCUGUCCGACGCCGCCGAUAGGGUCUUCGGCUUUGGCAACUGGAGUGAAGAGCUCUAUCCUCCGGAGUGGCUCGAAUACGAGGACAAUGAGACCGAUCCUUCGGUGACGGUGAGAGUUUUUGUCAAGGUCCGAGUCUGGGUUACAUCCCCACAAUAUCCAUGCUGUCGCGACGAGAUCAGUACUACGACAUGCACCUACACUAUACCUGCGGACGACACAAGGACACGGGCUGAGGUCCGGCAUUGGCUCCAAAUGGUCGCUCUGGAGACGGCAGUUUUGCGAGGUAAAUGUGGUGCCUUGAGGCUCUUUGAGUCCAUACUCCUUGAUGGCCCCGAAGAGCUAUGAGCUUGGAAAAGGGAACGGAGGCUGGAAAGAAUAAUCCACGCCGACGAGGGUGGAACUGAUAGCUAUUGCUUACUAGCUUUGAACCAUACCGCCAUUUAUCUCGAUGAUUGUGGCUCGAUAUUCCGCCUUCAACGGUGGUUUGUUUCUAUAUUACCUUCCUCCCCCCCGAGUUUCUUCAACAAGGCACAAUUGCAUAUUGUACAACAUGGGACACAUUCUUUACUGGGAUGUUGCAUGGAAGAUGGGCGUUCA